AUGUGUUUGUUUUACUUUCCCUUUGUUUCUCUAUUUCUCCAGUACAGUGCUCUUAAUCCACGAGAAUCUUGGGACAUGUGGCAUCCCACUCUGGUGGCUGAGGCUUUAUUUGCUAUUGCAAACAUCUUCAGUUCCCUGCGUCUGAUCUCACUGUUCACUGCAAAUUCUCACCUGGGACCUCUGCAAAUCUCUCUAGGAAGAAUGCUCCUGGACAUUUUGAAGUUUCUAUUCAUAUACUGUCUUGUGUUGCUAGCAUUUGCAAAUGGCCUAAAUCAAUUGUACUUCUACUAUGAAGAAACAAAAGGUUUAAGCUGCAAAGGUAUACGAUGUGAAAAGCAGAAUAAUGCAUUUUCAACGUUAUUUGAGACACUCCAGUCCCUGUUUUGGUCAAUAUUUGGGCUCAUCAAUUUAUAUGUGACCAAUGUCAAAGCGCAACAUGAAUUCACUGAGUUUGUUGGUGCCACUAUGUUUGGGACAUAUAAUGUCAUCUCUCUGGUUGUUCUACUCAACAUGUUAAUAGCUAUGAUGAAUAAUUCUUACCAACUUAUUGCAGACCAUGCAGAUAUAGAAUGGAAAUUUGCUCGAACAAAGCUUUGGAUGAGCUAUUUUGAGGAAGGAGGUACUCUGCCUACUCCCUUCAAUGUCAUCCCAAGCCCCAAGUCUCUCUGGUACCUGGUCAAGUGGAUAUGGACACACCUGUGCAAGAAAAAGAUGAGAAGAAAGCCAGAAAGUUUCGGAACGAUAGGGAGACGAGCUGCUGAUAAUUUGAGAAGACAUGAACUAAAGCAAGACAUUUCUAGUUUCCGCUUUGAAGUUCUGGGAUUACUAAGAGGAAGCAAACUCUCUACACUCCAGUCCGCUAAUGCCACAAAGGAGUCUUCUCAUUCAGCAGACUCCGAUGAAAAGAGUGACACCGAAGGCAGUAGCAAGGACAAGAAAAGGAAUUUCAGCCUUUUUGAUCUGACCACUCUGAUUCACCCGAGAUCAGCAGCCAUUGCCUCCGAAAGACACAACAUAAGCAAUGGCUCUGCCUUGGUGGUGAGGGAGCCACCGAGGGAGAAGCAGAGAAAAAUGAAUUUUGUGACCGAUAUCAAAAACUUCGGGUUAUUUCAUAGACGAUCAAAACAAAAUGCUGCUGAGCAAAAUGCAAACCAGAUUUUUUCUGUUUCAGAAGAAGUUGCUCGUCAACAGGCUGCAGGACCACUUGAGAGAAAUAUCCAACUGGAAUCCCGAGGAUUAGCUUCAGGGAGUGACCUGAGCAUUCCCGGGCUCAGCGAACAAUGUGUAUUAGUAGACCACAGAGAGAGGAAUACGGACACACUGGGUUUGCAGGUGGGCAGGAGAGUGUGCUCAUUCAAGUCAGAGCAGGUGGUGGUGGAGGACACUGUUCCUAUAAUACCAAAGGAGAAACACGAAAAGGAAGAGGACUCUAGUACAGACUAUGACUUCAACCUCACAGACACAGUCACCCAUGAAGAUUAUGUGACAACAAGAUUGUGAUACUUGAAGGAGGAAGAGUUUACCAUAUAUAUACAUAUUUUCCAUAGUGCUCUGGGUGGGGAGGAAAUGUGCAAAAUUAAAUCAGCCAAUGCUAACUUACACCUUCUAGCAUUUAUCAAUUGUGGCAUAUUAACUUGUAAAAUGUUUAAAUAAGGCAAAGGCAAUCAAAAGCCCUUCUGUUUUGUAGCCUGUUUUUGCUUUCACAAUUUGUUUUCAAUUUUUUUGUUGUUGUUAAUGAAUAAAUGUACCUUGUAUUCUUCUUGUACUGUUGCAAUUACCCACAGAAAAUUUUUAGACAUCUUUUUCAAUUAAAACAAAUGUGAUUUAUUUCA